AUGCCGUUCGAAAUAAUCGAUCAUGUUGUUUUCUACGGAUCGAUGGCUUUCAGCUUGGGUAUCGGGGUGUACUUCGGUUUUUGGAAGAAAUCCCACACCUCCGAUGGUUACCUCUUGGCCAAUCGACAGAUGAAGGUUAUACCCAUAACGAUCUCAAUGGUUGCGAGCUCAAUUUCAGGGAUAACGUUGCUUGGAUACAGUGGCGAGGUUUACGUGUAUGGAGCCAACAUUGUAUGGAUGUGUCUCAGCUGUGUGGUGGCGAGCGUUAUUGGGGGAUGCAUGUUCGUACCAGUUCUGACCAAAUUAAAGUCUCCAAACGUUUUUAAAUAUUUCGAGUUAAGGUUUGAUAGAAGAACUAAGAUACUGGCGUCCUGUGCGUACACAUUGUACGUUUUGUUCUUUAGUUCAGUUGUGGCAUACGCACCGGCAAUUGCAUUUUCCCAAGUAACUGCUGUGCACCCACAAAUUGUGGCGUCCCUUGUUUGCGUUGUUUGUGUGUUCUACACGAGCGUUGGGGGAUUUAGAGCAGUGGUGUGGACUGAUGUGUUUCAGUUUUUUGGAAUAAUCGCGGGUGUUAUCGUCGUAGCCGUGCUGGGAAUAGCCUCCGUAGGCGGUGUGGGAGCUGUCAUAGAAAAAGCAUCAAACGGACAUAGACUGAAUUUUAAGUAUUAA